AUGGUCCGUUUAACCGCAGAUCUGAUCCUCGAAUCGCCGCAGUAUUUCAACGCGGUGCGAGAACGAGAGAUCGACUUAAGAGGGAAUAAGAUCGCAGUUAUUGAGAAUCUCGGAGCCACAGAGGACCUAUUUGACAGCAUCGACCUGUCGGACAACGAGAUAGUGAAGCUGGAGGGGUUCCCUCUUCUGCGGCGGCUCUCCACUCUGCUGCUCUGCAACAACCGCAUCACCCGCAUCAGCCCGCAGCUAGCCCAACUCCCCAAGCUGCAGACACUCGUUCUCGCCAACAAUCGCCUCACCAACCUAGCGGAUCUCGACCCGCUGGCAUCCCUGGCGCACUCCCUCACCUCGCUCUCCCUCCUCGACAACACGGUUGUCAAGAAACCCAAAUACCGCCUCUACGCCAUCCACUUGCUUCCCAAGCUGCGACUGCUCGACUUCCGAAAGGUCAAGCUCAAGGAGAGGCAAGAGGCGGAGGCAACAUUUGGGAAAGACCGAGCAGCAGCAGCAGCAGCCAAGCGUGUAUCAGCUAACACGUUUGUUCCCGGGGAGGCCCUGGCAGAAGCAGGGGGGGCAGGAGCUGGAGGGGAGGGAGCAGCAGCAGCUGGUGGUGCUGGUGGUGAUGGUGGGAAGGAGGGAAGGGAGGGGGCUGCUGCAACAGCAGUAGCUGCAAAAGGGCCAACACCCGAGCAGAUCACAGCAAUCAAGGUGAAGGUUCCUCCCAUGUGUGAGGGUGAAGGUCCCUUCCAUGUCUGA